UUGUUGCUUUGUUGUGCUUCAACCAGAGCUAGAUCACAAAUGGAGGACAUUAAGGCAAAAGACAAGAGCCACAUGAGCGGCUCGGUGUCGUCUUUACCAGAGAACUAUAGCAGCAUCAACAGGAACGAAACUCAUGAUGACUGCAUGAGCAAAGACCAUCAACACAUCCACACUAGAGAGAGGCCAUACAGCUGUGACCACUGUGAGAAGAGAUUCAUCAGAAAAAGCCAUCUGAUGUCCCAUCAACACAUCCACACUGGAGAGAGGCCAUACAGCUGUGACCACUGUGAGAAGAAAUUUAGUCAGAAAUACAAUCUGACAAUCCAUCAACGCAUCCACACUGGAGAGAGGCCAUACAGCUGUGACCACUGUGAGAAGAGAUUCAUCAGAAAAAGUGAACUGAUGUCCCAUCAACACAUCCACACUGGAGAGAGGCCAUACAGCUGUGACCACUGUGAGAAGAAAUUUAGUCAUAAACACAAUCUGACAGUCCAUCAACGCAUCCACACUGGAGAGAGGCCAUACAGCUGUGACCACUGUGAGAAGAGAUUCAUCAGAAAAAGUGAACUGAUGUCCCAUCAACACAUCCACACUGGAGAGAGGCCAUACAGCUGUGACCACUGUGAGAAGAAAUUUAUUUGUAGACACAAUCUGACAAUCCAUCAACGCAUCCACACUGGAGAGAGGCCAUACAGCUGUGACCACUGUGAGAAGAGAUUCAUCAGAAAAAGUGAACUGAUGUCCCAUCAACACAUCCACACUGGAGAGAGGCCAUACAGCUGUGACCACUGUGAGAAGAGAUUCAUCAGAAAAAGUGAACUGAUGUCCCAUCAACACAUCCACACUGGAGAGAGGCCAUACAGCUGUGACCACUGUGAGAAGAAAUUUAGUCAUAAACACAAUCUGACAGUCCAU